AUGAGCGCCCACGGGUCAUUAUCGCCAAGAUCCAUAAUGACCGCGACAUCGCAGCAUUCUUCAAACUCAGCAGAAGGCUCCGCUCCGGUACAAAGGCAACAAAGUCUUUACACUGCGGAGGUGUCGUCACAGCGUCAGGCGGUCAACACCGUGAAGAAGAAGCUGACGGACGCUGGGGCAAGGUGCACGCUGCGUUUCCAACUCAACGUUAAUUACAACAACAAGGUCCAAGUAUUGAGCACACCGAGUGAGGCCGAGAGGUUCGCCAGCUCCCUCUCUGCUCAUCCCUGA